UUGACGAGCACCAGUGCAGUCGCUUUAAUAUUCAACUAGGUUACCUAUUAAUAGAUCAUAUGACCACAUUUUCCCUGUAGAGAUCUAAGGAGCCCAUUUUAGAAUACAUGCUCGCAGCCUGGCACCAAAACGUGUUUUCAGUGAUGGUGACAUUGUGAUAGGUCGUCUCGAAGGGUGGACAGAAGGUGCGCACCUAACUUCCCAUCGACAUCGUGCUCUGAUCACUGCAUCGAAAGAUUAUGAGCAGCAGCAGACUUUAUUUACGACUGCAGUCAUGUCGUUUUUAUUCCGGUGGUUUGAGAGCGUCGUAUCACCGGACCCUGGACAGGAUCGAAUUAAUGCUGCCGCCUAAAUUAAGACCUAUCUACAAUCAUCCUGCUGGGCCAAAGACGGUUUUCUUCUGGGCGCCUGUUUUUAAAUGGGGUUUAGUUGUGGCUGGAUUUUCUGAUAUGACCCGGCCACCAGAAAAGCUCAGUCUCUCUCAGUCCUGCGUCAUUACAGCCACAGGAAUAAUUUGGUCAAGGUACUGCUUGGUGAUCAUUCCCAAGAACUGGGCUCUGUUUGCUGUUAACUUCUUCCUGGGCAUAUGUGGAACCGUCCAGCUCACGAGAAUAUGGAGGUACAACCAAGAGCUCCAGGAGAAAGGAGAGGAAGUGCAGCAGUCUUGAAGUACCAUUUAGUCUGACAGAAGUGGAGCGGUGAUGCAGUUUUGCAGUUACUGUAAAAGCAAUGAAUCAGCAUUUUGCACACAUAAUUCAUGUUAUAUAGAUCAAACAAAUCUGUGUAAAAUAGAGGUUUCUUUUCAAAAACAUUAUUAUAAUCAUAUUAAAAUGUUAUCACAUAAAAUUGA